GAGGCCCUUCUUCUCUCUCCUCAGCUCUUUUUCGCACUUUUUUUCUUUCUUUGCUCACUGCGAGUAGCCUGUUUUUCUUUAAACACUACUGCACGUAUACUGGCAUAUAUCGAGGCGGAGGUAGUAUCACUCCCUGAUUCUUUUUCUUUUUUUUUUUUUUUCAAGUUCCAAGCGACUCAUCUGCUGGAGUAAUUUGGUGGGCUGUGGAGAGUUCUUGACAAGAAAACCAUGGCUCUGCUAACCAAGCAAACGCGGCAUUUUGUCGCCGACACGUACCUGUCGUUUAUCUUCUGGACGGUCCUGACGUCUCUGGGCCUCUGCAUCUGGUACUUCCCUCUGUGGCACAUGGGUAUCUCGGGGUACGAGGUGCUACUGCUGUCGGACAUUGCUCCGGUUCUUCUCGGCAUCGGGCCUCUGCGGCGUCUCCUGCGUCACCACCGCGGGAUCACGGCGCUGAUGGGACUGGUUGGAGUGUUUGCGUACGCGGUGCAGGAUCCGCUGCAGCGCCUGGUGCUGGUGGCGGUGGGUUCGGCGGGCGUGAUGCUGUCUCUGGCGAGCGUUCUGUACGAGGACCGGGUUCCGGCGACGGGCCGGUUGGACCGCGACAUUCAGGCAUGGGAGGCUGGUCUUCUUCCUGAGUUUGGCGGUAUUUUCCUGGGUGUGGUUGCGCUGCUGGAUGUGGUGACGCGGCGGUCGGACGCGCAGGCGGAGGUGCGCGACGCCAAGAAGAAGGACCUGGCGAUGCCGGCGGUGAAGCGGCAGGAGGCGGCGUGGGUGCCGGCGGCGUUCGGGUUUGGCGCGCUGCUGUUUGCACUGCACUCGAUGUACUCUGACAGCGCGAUCAUCGGGCGGUGGACGUGGGACGGGUAUCCGCACUCGGGCCCGCAGCCGGUGCCAUGGGGUGGACUUGUGCUGAUGGCGCUGGCGGGCGGGUUCUCGGUGGGACACCGGAUCGAGCUGACCACGGGCAUGCUGUGGUGGGGCGUGGGCAGCAUCUGCGCGGGACUGGUGACGUUUGUUUCGGGCUGGUCUGGCUUUGUGCCGGGACUGGUGCUGGCGUUCUACCUGGGCAGCAUUACGCGCAGCAUUCUGCGUGUGCUGGCGCGGUGCCCGCCGGGCCGCACGUUCUUUGUGGGCAUUCUGUGGUACAACAUCCUGGUGCUGGGCCACGUGUGGGUGGUUGCGUACGAGUUUGUGCCGGGCGGCCCGCUGCUGCGCGAGCGCACAUGGGUGGUGAUGCUGGCGACGAUGCUGUCGCUGUACGGCGCGCUGGUGUCGCGGUCCGGCGAUGUUCGUCACGAGGUGGCGGGUGUGCAGGCGGCCAGCGUUGCGCGGACGGACCGUCACCGCGCGCGCUCGGUGUUCUGGGCGUGUGUGGUGGCGGGCUGGGCGGCCAUGUUCAUGCGGUUCCCGGCAGCGACCAAGACACCGACGCCGCAUCUGCGUGAUCUGGAGGUGGACGUGAUGGGAUUCCUGGAGUCGGACACGGAGCGCAUCAUCAUGGGCGGGCGCGACUGGACGCAGCGCGUGGGCGAGGAGCUCAACUACUACGUGGACUACGGACCAUCGCCGCGCAAGCACACGUGGGGAUGCGCAAUGAUCUCCAAGUUCCCGAUCAAGAACUCGACGCACCACCUGCUGCCGUCGCCGCACGGCGAGCUGGCGUGCGCCAUCCACGCGACGCUCGAUGUGCACGGACGCGACAUCGACGUCAUCAUCUCGCACAACGGGCAGGAGGAGAACCCGCUGGACCGUCGGCUGCAGACAACCGAGCUGGCGCGUAUCAUGCGCGAGUCGCAGAACCCGUUCAUUUUCACUGGCUACGUGGUCACCAAGCCGCAUGCGGAGAACUACAAGAUCCUGUUUGACGGCGGCCGCAUGCACGAUAUCGACCCGACCGACCACGACCGCUGGUGCCAGUACAUUGGCUACCGCGGGGUCAAGCGCGUCGGCUAUGCGCGCAUUUCGCGCGGCACCAUCACCGACACUGAGAUCCAGGCCGGCAAGUUUGUCGACAUCUCCGGGUGGCAGCCGAGCUACGCACGCGUCGAGGAGAGCCACUACCCGGCCGAGUACCACUUCCCGAAGAAGUUCCACGGCAAGGGUGUGCGCGGACACUUCUACCACGUGUUCAAUGCUCCUCGCUACUUUGACUAAGAAAUAAAAUUUGCUCGUUUAUUUUUGAAAAAGAUUGCGUCUAUUAAUCAGCAAACU